UCGCCCAAGAAUGUCAGAAUAGUACAGAUAUCCCCCAAAUGUCAGGACCAGUACAGAUAUCCCCCCAAUGUCAGGACAGUACAGAUAUCCCCCAAAUGUCAGGGACAGUACAGAUAUCCCCGAGACAGUACGAUAAUCUGCCCAAAUGUCAGGACAGUACAGCAUAUCCCCCAAAUGUCAGGACGGUACAGAUAUCCCUAAAAUGCCCCAUUUUUUGCAGAGUAGAAUGUCCGACGUUACUUCAUAAGAGGAAUUUUAUGUGCAAGUUUUUUUAAUGCCCUUUUGUAUUUUUUUGUCAUAA